AUGAUAGCCUCCUUGGCCCGAAACCCUCGCUGGUCGGCGGAAACGGUAAUGUUUGUUUAAGACAAUAAUUUGCAGGAGUUAAACAAGAACAUGGAAGGGCUGGUGGGAAGCUGGAACUUUGCCACCGCCACUGCGGUGAACCAGUGCCGCAACAUAAUGGCUCAUUCAGCUGCUCCGGGCGGCCAUCGUCCCUCAGGCUUGGUGCAAUCUUCAGCAGGCUACUCCACCGCGGACGUGUCCGUGUCAGGCCACAGGGAUGCAUCGGCGUCGUCGGUGAAAAGAUGCGCCAACGUGUCCCAGCAGAGCACUUCUGCAGCCCCCGCUUUGCCUUACGGCUACUUUGGUCAGGGCUACUACCCGUGCAGGAUGAGGCGUGGUCCUGUCAAGUCGUGUACGCAGGCUGCUGGAGCCGCCCUCAGCUCUCAAUACAUGGACACCACCGUGAGCCCCGAUGAAUACCCUAACCACAGGCCGAAGGAGUUCGCUUUUUACCACGGCUACCCCAGUGCGUACCAGUCCAUGGCAAGCUACCUGGACGUGUCCGUGGUCCAAACGCUGGGUGCUGUUGAGCCACGCCAUGACACCCUCCUCCCAAUGGACAGCUACCAGCCAUGGGCUCUCACUAACGGUUGGGGGGGACAGAUGUACUGUUCCAAGGACCAGGGGCACGGUCACAUCUGGAAGUCCGCUUUGGCUGAUGUGGUUGCCCACCAACAAGAAUGUUCCCCUUUUCGCCGAGGCAGGAAGAAACGCAUACCUUACACAAAGGUGCAGCUGAGGGAGCUGGAGAAAGAAUACGCCGCCAACAAAUUCAUCACAAAGGACAAGAGGAGGAAGAUUUCGGCCGCGACCAACCUUUCGGAGAGGCAGAUCACCAUCUGGUUCCAGAACAGGAGGGUAAAGGAGAAGAAGUUUGCGACUAAAAUAAAAAACACCACACCUUAG